AUGGCCCCAAGACUACUGAGAGCCCAGAUCCAGGGAUCACUGACGUUUCGGGAGGUGGCCGUGUACUUUACCCAGAUUGAAUGGAGACACCUGGAUGCCACUCAGCAGGCCUUGUACAGAGAUGUGAUGCUGGAAAACUAUGGGAAUCUGGUGUCCAUGGGACUUCUCUCUUCCAAACCAAAACUAAUCACCCAGUUGGAACAAGGAGCAGAGCCCUGGAUUGAGAUUCGAGAUGUUCCAUCAGGUAUCUGUACAGUCCAGGAGUAUUGGUUAGAAGCGAAGAUACCAGCCCUGAAACAAAAUACUCCUGAAGGAUCUCUUCUGGGAGAGCAAACAGAAAGUGUUGUAAUGGAAAGAAGAUCCACAGAGAAGAGACACUAUAAAUGUGAGGAAUGUGGGAAGGUCUUCAAAUAUAAUUGCUCUUUUAUUAAUCAUCAAAGACAUCAUACUGGUGAGAAACCCCAUAAAUGUAAAGAAUGUGGGAUAGCCUUCAUGAGCAGCUUAUCCCUUUUAAAUCAUCAUAAAAUCCACAUAGGAAAGCAACCUUAUAGAUGUAUUGAAUGUGGGAAAUUUCUCAAGAAGCACUCAACAUUUAUUAAUCACCAGAGAAUUCAUUCUAAAGAGAAACCUCAUAAAUGUGAUGAAUGUGGGAAAACUUUCAGAAAGAAUUCAAUCCUUUUAAGUCAUCAGAGAACUCAUACUGGCCAGAAACCCUAUAAAUGUAGUGAUUGUGGGAAAGCCUUUGCUCAGAAUGUAGCCCUUACUCGUCAUGAGAGAAUACAUAGUGGAGAGAAACCUUUUAAAUGUAAUGAAUGUGGGAAACCUUUCCGAGAUAACUCAACUGUGUUGGAGCAUCAGAAAAUCCAUACGGGGGAGAAGCCAUAUCAGUGUAAUGAGUGUGGAAAAGCCUUCAGGAAGAGCUCAACUCUUAUUAGUCAUCAAAGAAUGCAUACAGGAGAGAAACCUUAUCAGUGUAGUACAUGUGGAAAAUCUUUCAGGUAUAGCUCAUCCUUUACUGGACAUCAAAAAACUCAUAGUGGAGAUAAACCCUAUAAAUGUAGUGAUUGUGGGAAAGCCUUUACAAACAGCUCAAACCUUGUUGGACACCAGAGAAUUCAUACUGGAGAAAAACCCUAUCACUGUAAGAAAUGUGGGAAAGCCUUCAGGCAGAGCUCAGGCCUUGUUGAACAUCAGAGACUCCACACUGGAGAAAAGCCUUAUGAAUGUAAUGAAUGUGGGAAGGCCUUUCCCCAGAGUUCAGCACUUAAACAGCAUAAGAAAAUUCAUAACAAAGAUCAAAUGUAG